AUGGUGAAAAAAAGUAAAGGUCGUCAAAAAAUAGAGAUGGUCAAAAUGAAAAAUGAAAAUAAUCUACAGGUUACUUUCUCAAAAAGAAGAAAUGGUCUUUUCAAAAAAGCCAGUGAGCUUUGCACGCUUUGUGGUGUUGAAAUUGUUGUUAUUGUAUUUUCGCCUGGCAAAAAAGUUUUUUCUUUUGGUCAUCCAAAUGUUGAUUGUGUAAUUGAUCGCUUCACAAACAUUAAUCCACCACAUCCUCGUCAACACACCGAUACACAACUUAGCGAAGCCCAUCGAAAUGCAAUUAUUCAAGAUCUCAACAGUCAUCUCACUCAAGUAACAGAAGAAUUCGAAAUUGAGAAAAAGAGGGCUGAAGACUUAAAGAAAAAGAGAAAAAAUAGUUAUAUAUCUGAUAAUUGGUGGGAAGAACCUAUAAAAGAGUUGAACUUAAGCCAGCUCACUGAAUUCAAAUGUGGCUUGGAAAAGUUGAGAAAAACAGUGACUACUGAAGCCUCCAAGAAUUUUCAAACAAUUGUUCCGCGUCAUAACUUCGAUGGUGGAAGUUCAAAUAAUGCUACUUUCGGGAUUUGUGAUGAUCAUGCAGGUAAUAUCGACACCAAUUUAGAUCUGUACAAUCAUCAAAGAAUGGUGGCAACAAACACAUUCGCUUGUAAUCAUCACAACAUGAUGGUUCCUUAUCAUAUUACAACACCAUUUGGGAAUAUUGGUAAUGGUAAUAUUAUUGAAGGGUUUGCUGCAGAAUACAAUCAAAACCCGAACCAUUUAUGUUUUAAGAAAGAACACAUUUCUGGGUGUGACCACCAUUCAGUUCAUCCUCCUCGUUUCGGACAUGGUUACUAUUAA